AUGUCGGUGUUGAUUGUGACAAGUUUGGGGGACAUUGUUGUUGAUUUGCAUACAGAUCGUUGUCCUCUGACAUGCAAGAAUUUCUUGAAACUCUGCAAGAUUAAAUAUUACAAUGGGUGUCUAUUUCACACAGUUCAGAAGGAUUUUACUGCACAGACAGGUGAUCCUACUGGAACAGGUUCUGGUGGUGAUUCUAUCUACAAAUUUUUGUAUGGGGAUCAAGCUCGUUUUUUUGGUGAUGAGAUUCAUUUGGAUCUGAAGCAUUCCAAGAUGGGUACAGUUGCCAUGGCUAGUGCAGGAGAAAAUCUUAAUGCUUCUCAGUUUUACAUGACACUGCGCGAUGAUCUUGACUACCUUGAUGGGAAGCACACUGUCUUUGGAGAGAUUGCUGAAGGGCUUGAAACACUGAGCAGAAUAAACGAGGCUUAUGUAGAUGAGAAGAGCAGACCUUAUAAAAACAUUCGCAUCAAACAUACAUAUAUACUAGAUGAUCCUUUUGAGGACCCUCCACAGCUAGCUGAGCUAGUUCCAGAUGCUUCUCCUGAAGGAAAGCCAAAAGAUGAGGUUGAUGAUGAAGUGAGGCUUGAAGACGAUUGGGUUCCCAUGGAUGAACAAUUAGGUGCAGGAGAACUUGAGGAGGUUAUUCGUGCCAAAGAAGCACAUUCUAGAGCUGUUGUGCUUGAAAGUAUAGGGGACAUUCCAGAUGCUGAGAUAAAGCCUCCUGAUAAUGUGCUCUUUGUAUGCAAACUAAAUCCAGUGACUGAAGAUGAGGAUCUGCAUACAAUCUUUUCACGAUUUGGAAGUGUGAGCUCAGCUGAAAUAAUCCGUGACUUUAAAACUGGAGACAGCUUGUGCUAUGCCUUUAUUGAGUUUGAUGAUAAAGAAGCUUGCGAACAAGCAUACUUCAAGAUGGAUAAUGCCUUAAUAGAUGAUCGGAGGAUACAUGUGGAUUUCAGUCAAAGUGUUUCAAAGUUAUGGAACCAAUACAGGCGUAAAGGCAGCAAUCAAGCUGGAAAUGGAGGUAAUAAAGGUUGCUUCAAAUGUGGGUCUCUUGAUCACAUUGCAAAAGACUGUUCUGGGAACUCUGAACCUCCAAAAUACAUCUUGAAGGACGAUGGUUUCAACAGAAGAGGUUCCAAUGAUAGCUCCAGGUAUGACAUGGUGUUUGAUGAGGACACACAUGCAAGUCCAAAAAGAAACAAACAUGUUGAGGUGGAUGAUGGUAAAGAGAAACGAAAAGUGGUUAUGGAUGAAAGAAAACAAAAGGAUUUAUACAGACAUGAUAAAGAGUGGUCGGGGGAUAGAAGAAAAGAUGAUAAUAGGCGAGAUAAUAGACACAAUAUAAAAGAUUCCUACUACAAGAAGAGAGAUGAGGCGGAUUAUCAUAGAGCAAGAGGAGGGGGCGAGAUGGUAGAGCUGAGGAGUCGUAUGAUAGGAAAAAAGUUGGUGAUGAAGAUGAUGGUGAAAGAGAUUAUAGAACAAGUAGGAAUGAUGAUAGAAGGCGAGGUGAUGACUCAUAUGGUAGUAGGAAGAAGAGAUACAGUGAUGAAGAUUCAUAUGAUAGGAAAAAAGUUGGUCAUACUAAGAGGAGCAAGGAGGAAGAGCGAGGUCGAGGUCGCAGCACGCGAUAUGACAGUAGGGAACAUAGCAGACGGGAUUAAUUUGAACGACCUUGAUAACAUUGAUUGUAUGUGCACAUCACCGACUUAA